AUGGGCUAUUGGAAUCGUAAGCUCGAGCUAACGGCGGCUGCUAAACGCCCUGCGGAACUCGACCUAGACCAUGACUCCAAUACAACCAAGAAGCUCAAGGUCGACGAUACCCCUCUGGAUCCCGCCAUAAUAGGCUUACCACCGCUCAAGGCCAUCGGUAUCUCUCUGACGGCAGCUAACAAAGGAUCAUCCAUCCUCACAGUCUCCUCUGAGCUGCGCAAGUUGUUGAUAACCGGCAAGAUCGGCUUCCCAGACCCCAUCAUCAUUACCGCCGACGGUCCACCCGAGGAACUCGAGCCGAAUGCGCUCGCCAUCUCGACGGAAAAGCUCUACCAAGAAGGCAUUCCCUACUUCUACUGCGACAACUCCUUCAGCCUCCAAGUCCAAGACUACAACAUCCGUGCUUUCCUCCCCUGGCUCGACCGCGCAAAGCAGUAUCGCGAUCACGCCGUGUGCAAUGGAACGGUCACUAUUGCUCUUCAUGGGGAUCCGCACUGGGAGAAUCUAGUGGAUUGGCUCGAGCUGGCACAUAGUGGCAAGUAUCUCGCCCUCGAAGACAAUUGUGAGAAUCAUGGUUCUGCUGUUGAAGCCGUGAAGGGUGCUUUCGCCCAGAUCGUGGACUAUGCUGCGAAGGGAUAUAACUGGAAGAACGAGGCGGAGGUCGGCUUGCGUGGGAUGCGUAGGAUGCUGGCUGCGCUCGACCAGCGCUGGGAUGACGAUCAUACGGGUAUGAUUGAAAAAGCAGAGCCAGGCAAUGAUGGGCAAGAAGUCUUGCAGACCUUCAAAGACACGGCCUCCGAACGCAGCUCCACUUGUGGCAUCGGGGUGGCCAAAACCGAUCACGAAGACCAGGAGCAGGAUGGCGAUGUGUUUGAUCAGUCUUCGACACCACGCGGUGGUAGAUCGCCCUCUCCCGAGCUCUGCAGCACUUUCGCCACCACUCAAAACACAUACGAGACCGCGUUGGAGCAGCAGUUCGUGGAGGAGAGCCAAGAGUAUGAUUUCCCCUGUUGA